AUGGAGAGCAGCAUGUUUUUCGGUAAUGCAUGUCAAAAUGGCCUCCUGCCUACGCUGAUACGUCCUGCUCUGCCCACCGUCCAGCAUUCUCUGGGAAUGAAGCAGUUCCAGCUCCCGUUUCCCCUGGAUACGGCCUCAGCAGUCAGCCUUUUCCCCGGCUUCGGCACGAUGGACCCAGUUCAGAAAGCUGUUAUGCAUCACACGUUUGGAGUUCCUCCCUUGAUGAAGAGAAGACACGUCUCGUGCAGCGUGUGCCAACUGAGAUUCAACUCACAGAGCCAAGCCUUAGCCCACUACAAAGGAACAAAACACGCCAAGAAGCUGAAAUCUCUGGACGCUACCAAAUGUAAGCUCAAAGGUUCAGUUGCAAAAGAUAACAGUACAGAAACAUCAGUGGAGGAUGGCUUUCCAGGUGCAUCGCCACUACCACUAUCUCCUGUGCUCACACUGGCUCCAACCCUGGGAUCCCUGGCAUCAACCCUGGCACCCAUGACAUCAAUGUUACCACCCGUGGCACCUACGCUGGCAUCGAGUCCCAACUCAUCCACAGGGACAGAGACUACCUCAGCUACAGGAUGGGACGACCGGGCCUCGCCCAAACCCAGCUCACCUUUAGAACCAGACAUGGAGACAGAGGAAGAGAAAGCCAGGCGUCUGCUCUACUGCUCGCUCUGCAAGAUGGCCGUCAACUCGGCAUCCCAACUGGAGGCUCAUAACAGCGGUACGAAGCACAAGACCAUGCUAGAGGCCAGGAGUGGUGUGGGCUCCAUCAAGUCCUUCCCCCGGCCAGGGGUCAAGAGUAACCUAGCUCCGCCCACCAAGGCAGUCACGGGCCUGCAGAACAAAACAUUUCACUGUGAGAUCUGCGAUGUACACGUCAACUCUGAGACACAGCUAAAACAGCACAUCAGCAGCAGACGUCACAAAGACCGAGCGGCAGGCAAACCGGCCAAACCCAAAUACAGUCCCUACAGUAAACCCCCGAAAAGCCAGGCCACACAACCAGUGAAGCUGACAGUGGGGAAGGAAUUGUGCCAACCUCAGAUAACCCAGAUAAUGCCCGCUCACCUGGCAGCAUUGACAGCAGCAGCCAUGGGCUCGGCCUUCCCUGGCCUCCGCUCCACCCACGCUCCCUCCCAUGGCCCCACCCUUUUUCAGACACAGACCCUCCCUGCUGCCCUGCUCCGCCCCGCCCCCGGGCCUGUCAGGACCUCCCAUACACAGUUACUGUUUGCCCCCUACUGA